AUGGGGAAUUACAUUUCUUGCACUCUGUCCACCCCAAUCGGUGGCAAACCGUCAACUUCUUCGACGACGACCGUCAUCUUUCCCAGCGGCCAAAUCCGACACUUUCACGAACCGGUCAAGGCGGCGGAGCUCAUGUUCGAGAUCCCCAAUUUCUUCCUCGUUAAUUCUCAAUCGGUUCAACUGGGUCGGAGAUUUUCGGCUCUGAUGGCCGAUGAGAAUCUCGAGAUGGGUAAUUUGUACGUUAUGUUUCCGAUGAAGAAGGUCAAUUCGGUGGUGUCUGUGGCCGAUAUGGGAGCUUUGUUUCUCGCCGCCGAGCGGGUCUCCGGCGGGAAGAAGCGGCGGAUUAUUGGCGGUGGGGAAUCUAAUGUUUGUGUUUGGCCAGAGGUGGAAGCAGACGAAUCAAAACCGAAGUUGAAAUUGGAUGGUGGUGAUGAUGAUGACGAUGUGAAGGGGUUUUCGCCGGCGCCGGAAUUUACUCAUCGGAGGUCGAUGUGCAGGUCGAGGAAGCCGUUGUUGGAGACCAUAGUUGAAGAGCCGAUAUGUUCAAGAUGA